UUCUCCAAGCACUUGUCAACACGAGAUGGUUCUGUUAUCGCUGCGUAGUUCAUUAUUUUCAUAUAUUAAUCAGAGGCAUCAACGUGUAUAGUACUUGUAUUCCAAUUUUGUUGCGUUCUGAUAAGUCGCCUUCUGCGCCAGUGUGUGUAAAGGCUAGACUUUCGCGAGUACUCGAUCGUUACGGAACUGCUUGUCAUUAUUCUAUUAUUUUGUCAAAGUAUCUGUGAUUUAAUUAAAUAAAAAAUAAAAGAUGAAGGCCAUCCUCCUUGCUCUCGCUGGACUCCUGGCUGUAUGCCUUCCUGCUUCUGCCACACAAUGCCACGUGAACCCGGUAACGAUUCCCAAGGAAUGGGUGACGAUGCACCGCAACUGCCGCAUGUCGAUGAGGCAGCAGAUCCAGAUGGAGGUCACCGCCUCCCUACAGUACUUGGCUAUGGGCGCCCACUUCUCUAAGGAUGUUGUAAACCGUCCAGGUUUCGCCAAGAUGUUCUUCGAUGCUGCCUCAGAAGAACGCGAGCAUGCAAUGAAGCUGAUCGAAUACCUGCUCAUGAGAGGAGAACUGACUUCUGACGUCACCAGUUUGCUGCAAGUCCGGGCCCCUGAGCGUAAGACCUGGGAAGGUGGUGUGGAGGCCCUGGAGCAUGCCCUGCUGAUGGAGAGCGCCGUCACCAAGAGCAUCAGGAACGUCAUCAAGGCCUGCGAGGAUGACAGCGAGUUCAACGAUUACCAUCUGGUCGAUUACCUGACUGGAGACUUCUUGGAGGAACAAUACAAGGGUCAACGCGACAUUGCGGGCAAAGCCUCCACCCUCAAGAAACUCCUCGACCGCCACGGUGCCCUCGGAGAGUUCAUCUUCGACAAGAAACUCAUUGGCAUUGACAUCUAAGCCAAUCAAUAUAACUAUUUUAUAUAACCUCUUUCAUUUGCCAUGUAUUAAAAAAAAAACACAAAUUUGUCUAUUACAUCUUUUGACGUAGUGAAAAAAAAACGAAAAUAUAAAUAUAUGGCGU